GUGGCGCCGCUAGCUCGCCGCGGUGACCAAACCCCGCCCCAGCGGCCGAACCUCGCCCCUCCCAGGCCGGAUCUCCUCCCCGCGUCGGCUUCUGGCGAAUUGAGGCGCCCUCCCCGCGGUAAUCGGUAACGGUCUGUCUGCGCUUUUGAACUUCUCUCGGUUUCGCUCAACCGUGACUUCCGCGUGGCUGUGUCGGCCUCCCUGCCCCCUUCCGUAGUCUAGUUGGGGCACUGUGCUCAGAUUUGGAGGACCUGGGAGGGUCGAGGGUUUCCGAGGCUUGGAGCCUUCCGUAGGGGCUCUGCGGUACUCGGACACUGAGAAGUGUUUUCAGAGGCUGGGAGUGUGCCUUAUCCUGCAGACCUUAUCAAAACCUCCUUCCCUGACCCACGGCCUGGAUAGCCGAAGACUGGUGCCCGGUGACCUUAGACAGGCAGGGGCCUACCUUGAGCCUGCUGGAGCCUCCACCCUGAGGGGCCCAGUCUGGGCUCGGAGGGCAGAGACUCAGCUGCUGGGGUCCAAGUCCCGGCCCUGCCCGCCCUUUAUCAGAAAUUUCUUCGCCUCGCUGGGCCCUUCCUGAACUGUUUCCUAGCCUUGGGGCUUUAAAAUCAGACCUCCUGAAUUCACUGUCAUGGUCCAGAGAAAGGUAUUCAGAGCUCAAGCUCAGCUCCUCAACAUGGCACCCGGCUCCUGAGAAACUAACCGAUGUGACAUGUAACCAGAGUUAGGCCUUGGGUGCCCUUGGGCACUCCCCUGGCCACAGCCCCAGUCAGCGUCCUGAACCCAUCCAGGGCCAGUCAGCCUUAGCUAGACAGUAUUAAGGGUAGCUUGUCAGCACUUCUAACUAUUCCAGGGUUAGGCUGAGAAGUAGGGCACUGGUUUUCAAUUAGCUUGACCAAAUCCUUCUAGUUUGUCUACCACUGAGGGGUUUCCUGGGACAGGGGACUUCCGGUUUUAAAACUGGGAAGGUCGUGGGCAAAGUGGGAUAAGUUGGUUCCUGUAUUUUAACCCUGGCUGCACGAUAGACUCACCCAAGGAGUUCUCAUAGGGGUUCUAAUUUGAUGGAUUCGGGGAGGGUCCCAGAUAGGAAUAUUUUUUUAUAGCUCCCAAGUUGAUCCCAACAAACUACCAGAGUGAGGAACCACUAGGUUAUGGGCAACAAUGCUGUAAAACCAUUGAAGGUGGCUAUAUUUUGAACAGAAGUGGACCCAGACAUUUCUCAAAAUGGUGGUCCUCUCCUUAUCAAGAGGGCUAUCAAAAUGGCAGUUGCUUUAUUAUUGCUAUUAUCUUUCCCCAGUUCCCUUAUUCCUCAACAGUGAGGACCCACAAGCCUUCUCCUUUCCUCGAAUGCCUCAGGAUCCCCUUUCCCAAGGUCAGCGAAUUUGCCUCCUUUGGAUUGGAGAGGCCAUGAUGUGGACAGUUCCGGAUGAAGCUGGCAUGAGACUCAACAGGGCUCCAGUCUCUCAGUCUGGGAUGCCUACCCCAAAUGAGUCGUGGUCUAGGGGCUAGCCGAGGGUGCUGUGUAUGCUUCAGCUUCUCUCUGUGGGGUACUGAGCUUGGAGAGCAGGUGCCUCUGGGACUUUUCCCUCUGCAGGCCACCAGGGAUGCGGUACAUCAGCACUCGGGGAAUGGCCCCCCGGGUCGACUUUGAGGGAGCCCUCUUCUCUGGCUAUGCUCCUGAUGGGGGUCUCUUCAUGCCCGAGGAGCUCCCCCAGCUGAGCAUAGAGACCCUGCGUCAGUGGAGUACGCUGUCCUACCCCGGCCUGGUAAAGGAGCUGUGCACCCUCUUCAUUGGCCCGGAGCUCAUUCCAAGAGAUGUCUUAAAUGGUCUGAUCGACCAAGCUUUCAGCAGAUUCCGUCACAGAGAAGUGGUCCAUCUGUCCAGGUUGAGGAAUGGGCUGAAUGUGUUGGAGCUGUGGCAUGGCGUCACAUAUGCGUUUAAGGACCUGUCCCUGUGCUGUACAGCACAGUUCCUGCAAUACUUCCUGGAGAAGAAGGAAAAGCACGUCACUGUGGUCGUAGGAACGUCUGGGGACACAGGGAGUGCUGCCAUUGAGAGUGUUCAAGGGGCAAAGAACAUGGACAUCAUCGUUCUGCUGCCCAAGGGCCACUGCACGAAGAUUCAAGAGCUCCAGAUGACAACAGUGUUGAGGGAGAACGUCCAUGUGUUUGGAGUGGAGGGCAACAGCGAUGAGCUCGAUGAGCCGAUCAAAGCUGUGUUUGCUGACGUGGCUUUUGUCAAGAAGCACAACCUGAUGAGCCUGAAUUCAAUCAACUGGUCCCGGGUCCUCGUGCAAAUGGCCCACCACUUCUUCGCUUAUUUCCAGUGCGCGUCAUCCUUAGACAUGGACCCCCUGCCCCUCGUGGAGGUGGUUGUACCGACAGGGGCUGCAGGUAACCUUGCAGCGGGGUGCAUUGCUCAGAAGAUGGGCCUGCCUAUCCGCCUUGUCGUGGCAGUGAACCGCAAUGACAUCAUCCACAGGACUGUCCAGCAGGGCGACUUCUCUCUUUCUGAGGCCGUUGAACAGACCUUGGCAUCAGCAAUGGACAUUCAGGUGCCCUACAACGUGGAGAGAAUCUUCUGGCUGCUCUCUGGCUCCAACAGUCAGGUGACAAGAGCCCUCAUGGAGCAGUUUGAAAGGACCCAAAGCGUGAGCCUACCCAAGGAACUGCAUAGCAAGCUUUCAGGGGCAGUGACGUCUGAGUCAGUGUCGGAUGAGGCCAUCACCCAGACCAUGGCUCGCUGUUGGGAAGAGAACAAGUACUUGCUGUGCCCUCACUCGGCCGUGGCCGUGAGUUACCAUUACCAACAGACAGAGCAGCAGCCGCCCAGCCUUCCCCGGUGUUGUCUGGCCCCCGCCUCUGCAGCCAAGUUCCCAGAAGCUGUCCUGGCUGCCGGGCUGACCCCAGAGACCCCUGCGGAGAUCCUAGCCCUGGAGAGCAAGGGGACACGCUGCACCCCGAUGCGGAAGGGUGACGACUGGACGCUGAUGCUUCGGAACACCAUUGAGGACAUAAGCUGCCAGCAGAGGGGUCACUUCCUGAAUGCUCUGGAGUAGCCAGGCUGGAUUUGCCUUCCUUCAGGCUCCAGACCGCAGGGAGGCAUGCCCUCUAAACUGCUUUGCACACCUUCUCGUUAAGAGGUGGUGUAGUUGGUUCUCAGGAGGUUGCUCAGCAUGGUCUGGGGACCAGCUGGCUUUGCUGUGUUCUGGAGCCGCUCUGUGUCCUCACCGUGGUGGUGGUGUGCCUGCUUACUGGAGGUGCUGGCUGGGGAUGUGUGUGUGUGACGGGGCGUUCCGGAUGGUGCAGGAGCGUCACUGCUGCGGCACGCCCGCUAACCGUGCCAUGGUUCUCAAAGUGUGGCCCUUGGGUCUCCUCAAAAUGCACACUUCCGGCCCCUACCCCCUACCUUCUCAGGCAGAUCUCUGGGUGGGGGGUGGAUGUCUGCAGUUCUUACGAAUUCCCCGAGUAAGUCCUCUGUGCACUCCAAUUUGGGAAGCCCGAGCUGGGGAGUUUAGGUUGAUACGUAAUUUCUUAUUUAUCCAUUUUGAGGUGUACUUUCUUUUCACGAGGGCAUGCUUUACUGCUUCUACUAUUUUCACGAUCUAGCCCUGCCCUGUCGGACUCAGUAGCCGCCAGCCAUAUGGUCUCUGAGCACUUGAAAUGUGACUAGUAUGGCUAACACACUGAAUUUUUCAUUUUUUAAAAUUUUAAUUGAUUUACAUUUAAAUGUCUUGACUUCUUACGUUACUUGAUUCUGUUAUUUAAAAAAUUUUAAGUGUGGUUAGAAAAAUGCAAGUAUGUGAAUCAGCUUUUUCAGCUGUCAAUUUUAUGAAGUCUAAAUACAGGUAAGUAUGCCAAUGAAAAUUUAGCGUUCUAAUUGAGAAAGACCAUAAGUGCAAAAUAUAUGUUGGAUUUCAAAGACGUCAAACGAAAAAAAUCGGAAGUAUCUCGGGAAUAAUUUUACACUGACCACAUGUUGAAAGGAUAAUAUUUUGACGUAUUGGGUUAAAUAAAAUGGAUCA